ACGAGUGGAGGUUUCAUUUUUUUUGUUCUUGCUUAUAGUUAAUUGUUUUGUUUCUUGGUUGGUUUUAUUAACCAAAGUUAUCAUGCAUCUGUAUAACAUUACCCUGCAAAGGGCAAGUGGUAUUACUCAUGCCAUCCAUGGGAACUUUGCGGGUUCUAAACAUCAGGAAAUCGCCAUUUCCAAGGGCAGAACUUUGGAAUUGAUUAGGCCUGAUAUUAAUACGGGUAAGAUUCACACCCUUGUUUCCGUUGAGGUUUUCGGUAUAAUCAGGUCCAUGUUGGCCUUUCGGUUAACUGGUGGUUCCAAAGAUUAUUUAGCAAUUGGUUCGGACUCUGGUCGGAUUGUUAUCCUUGAAUAUAAUCCUACUAAGAAUGUUUUUGAAAAGGUGCAUCAAGAAACUUAUGGAAAAACAGGGUGUCGUCGAAUUGUUCCUGGACAAUACUUAGCUAUCGAUCCUAAAGGAAGAGCAAUGAUGAUAAGUGCUGUUGAAAAACAAAAGUUAGUCUACAUUUUAAACAGAGAUAGUCAAGCUCGUCUUACAAUCUCUUCUCCUUUAGAAGCUCAUAAGUCUAAUACUUUGGUAUAUCAUACAGUUGGUAUUGAUGUUGGUUUCGAUAACCCAAUGUUUGCCUGUCUUGAAAUGGACUAUGAAGAAGCUGAUAAUGACCCAACUGGUGAAGCAGCUCAAAGAACUCAACAAACUCUUACUUUUUAUGAACUUGAUUUGGGUCUUAAUCAUGUGGUUAGAAAGUACAGUGAACCAUUGGAAGAGCAUGGUAACUUUUUAAUUUCUGUCCCUGGAGGAACCGAUGGUCCUAGUGGUGUUCUUGUUUGUUCUGAAAACUAUAUUACCUACAAGAAUUUCGGAGAUCAACAUGAUAUUCGUUGUCCGAUUCCCCGAAGACGUAAUGAUCUAGAUGAUCCUGAUCGUGGGAUGAUUUUUGUUUGCUGUGCCACUCAUAAGACAAAGUCGAUGUUUUUCUUUUUAGUUCAAACCGAACAAGGAGACAUUUUUAAAAUCACCUUAGAAACAGAGGACGAAACAGUCAUGGAGAUUCGUUUAAAAUAUUUCGACACAGUUCCAGUUGCCACAACAAUGUGUGUACUUAAAACAGGCUUUUUAUUUGUAGCCUCUGAAUUUGGCAACCAUUACCUUUACCAGAUCGCCCAUUUAGGUGACGAUGAUGAUGAACCUGAACUAAGUAGUGCUAUGCUACUUGAAGAAGGAGACACAUUCUUUUUCAAUCCAAGAUCUUUAAAAAAUUUAGUUCUAGUCGAUGAGAUUGAAUCUUUAUCACCUAUCAUGUCAUGUCAAGUUGCAGAUAUUGCAAAUGAGGAUACACCUCAACUGUUGAUGGCCUGUGGUCGUGGACCUCGAUCAUCACUAAGAGUCUUGAGACAUGGACUGGAAGUCUCAGAAAUGGCAGUUUCCGAAUUACCAGGAACUCCUAAUGCCGUUUGGACAGUAAAGCGUCGCGCUGAUGAAGAGUACGAUGCUUACAUCAUCGUUUCUUUUAUCAAUGCCACUUUAGUUCUCUCGAUUGGUGAGACUGUUGAAGAAGUCACUGACUCAGGGUUCCUUGGGACAACACCAACUCUUGCAUGUGCUCAGAUUGGAAAUGACGCAUUGAUUCAGAUUUAUCCUGAAGGUAUUCGUCAUAUUCGUGCUGACAAAAGAGUAAAUGAAUGGCGGACACCCGCUAAAAGACAUAUCCUCAAAUGUGCCAUCAACCAUCGCCAAGUUGUUAUCGCAUUGACCGGCGGUGAAUUGGUUUACUUCGAAAUGGAUGUUAGUGGUCAACUUGAAGAAUAUACCGACAGAAAAGAUAUGACCUGUGAUGUCAUUUGUAUGGCUCUUGGAGCGAUACCUUCUAGUGAACAAAGAUCUCGAUUUCUGGCUGUGGGUCUUGCAGAUAACACUGUAAGAAUAAUCUCUUUAGAUCCUGAUGAUUGUCUCUCACCAUUAUCCAUGCAAGCACUACCCGCUACACCAGAAUCUCUUUCAAUCGUUGAAAUGGGUGCUGGUACCAAAGAACUUAGAGAUAUUUCGAGUGAAAGAUUAUAUCUCAAUGUUGGUCUUCAAAAUGGUGUACUUUUACGUUCCAUUCUCGAUAAUGUCACUGGUGAACUUUCUGAUACUCGUACUCGAUAUUUAGGUACUCGACCUGUUAAAUUAUUCCGUAUUCAGAUGCAAGGUUGUGAUGCAGUAUUAGCCAUUUCCAGUCGCUGUUGGUUACUUUAUUACCAUCAAAGUCGUUUUCAUUUAACCCCAUUAUCAUACGAAACCCUUGAGUUUGCCUCUGGUUUCACAUCUGAACAAUGUCCAGAGGGCAUUGUUGCCAUUUCUGGUAACACUCUAAGAAUUUUGUCUCUCGAAAAAUUGGGAGCAGUGUUCAACCAUCAAUCUUUUCCACUUGAAUACACUCCCAGAAAAUUUGCCGUACAUCCUGAAAGUGGUAAUUUAAUGAUUAUCGAAACAGAUCAUAAUGCUUACACAGAGAUUUCUAAAAAAGCUAGAAAACAGCAACUUGCUGAAGAGAUGGUUGAAGCCGCUGGUGAAGCUGAGCAAGAAAUGGCCGCUGAGAUGGCAGCAGCUUUUCUCAGUGAAGAUUUACCUGAAAAUAUUUUCGGUGCCCCUAAAGCUGGAGUUGGUCAAUGGGCAUCUCUAGUAAGAGUUAUUGAUCCCAUCUCAGGCCAAACGCAUCAAAAGGUACCAUUCGAACAAAAUGAAGCCGCAUUUAGUAUCUCUAUUGUUCGUUUCUCUCAACACGGCGAUGUUCCCUUCCUUUUAGUUGGCGUUGCUCAUGAUCUCAACCUUAACCCGAGAAAAGUUGCCGGAGGGAGCAUUCAUACUUACUCUAUUUUAGAGGACGGUAAACGUCUCGAACUACUUCAUACCACGUCGAUUGAAGAUGUACCUCAUUCGAUCUGCCCUUUUCAGGGAAGAGUUUUGAUUUCAAUCGGUAGAUUAUUAAGAGUUUAUGACAUGGGUAAGAAGAAACUACUUCGCAAAUGUGAAAACAAACACUUCCCUUAUUGUAUCGUCUCUGUACAUGCGAUGGGAAAUCGUAUCUACGUUACCGAUGUCCAAGAAAGUGUUUUCUUUGUUCGCUACAAAGCCGCUGAUAACCAAUUGGUAAUUUUUGCUGACGAUUCUACACCUCGUUGGGUUACGGCUUCUUGUCUCAUCGAUUAUCAAACAAUCGCCAUUGGAGAUAAAUUUGGUAAUUUCAGUAUACUUAGAUUACCUCAUGGAGUAACGGAUGAUGUCGAUGAAGAUCCAACCGGUGUUAAAUCUCUUUGGGAUCGGGGAUGGCUCGGAGGAGCUUCUCAAAAAGUCGAGACAAUUUGUAGCUUUCAUAUCGGUGAAAUUAUACAUUCACUUCAAAAAACUACUCUAAUUCCAGGAUUGUCAGAAUUGAUUCUUUAUACUACUCUCUCUGGGACAGUCGGUGUCAUGGUUCCUUUCUCAUCACAAGAGGAACAUGACUUUUUCCAACGAAUUGAGAUGCACCUUAGAAGCGAAGCUUCUCCUCUUUGUGGUCGGGAGCAUCUCUCUUUUCGCUCAUAUUAUUUUCCAGUCAAAAAUGUCAUCGAUGGUGAUCUCGUUGAACAUUACAAUCUAAUUGACUUGAAUAAACAAAAAGCCAUUGCCGAAGAUCUCGAUUAUAUUCCAGCCGAAGUUUCAAAAAAACUUGAGGAUAUGAGAAGUCAAUUUGUAUUUUAACCUAUGAGCUUUUAAAAAAAGCCUCAAAUUGUAAAUUAUUAAUGUAAAUUUGUGUAUUUAUUUUGAUAAAAAUGAUAAACUUGCAUAA